GGGGCUGUGGGGAAAUAUAAAGGCUUGAUCUGCCUUUGUGAGACUUGGGCUACUUCUGUCCUCAGCCCCAUAGGCUGCCCCUUGAUAGGUAAAGUGUGAUAACUGUUUUCCCAGAAGGGCUGCUCUUGACAUCUUUAGGUGCAGGAUUGUUUAGCAUCCCUGGCUUCGGCCCAUUACAUACCAAGAGAACUCUCCCCCCACCCCGCCCCCAUUGUGAAAACCAAAGGCCCCUCUGAGUAGGCAUCAGCUGCUUUGGAUUGAGAACCACUAACCUGAAGCUGUUUAUUGAACCACAGAGUGCCAGCAUCCCACCCUGUGACUUAGAUUUAGCGGGUCAGAAUUUCUAGCAACUUAGGUGAUGCGAGGCUGCUCAUGACCACACUAGAGAACUGCUCUAGAUAAUAGGGAUGGGUGCCAAUGACAAAAGCCUGAGCCCCAGAGCAGCCAGGGAGAAGUCCCCAAAUGGCCUGGCUAGCAAAGGUUGGCAAGAAAGUGUGAUUCAGGGGGCUUGGGCACUGGGUUUGUAACCACUGUGUUGCAGCAAAGGCGUUUGGCCUCUCUAUCUGGGAUUUUACCUUUAGAUGCUUAACUGUGACCCUGUUGUACUGAUGAGAUAGGCACUCCAGCUGAGCUGGUUCUAAGUCACUAGAUGGACCCAGGAUUCAAACAGGCCUAUUUAUUAAGCCUUGCACUUGGCACACUUGCACCUGGGAUGGGGGCUUGUUGAGAAAGGGGUUCAGUAAGUUCCUCGUAGUGGAAAAACCCUGGACUAAGUGAAAAUAAUAGAAAAAUAUGCACUGUUUUUUACACAGUUGCAUUUGACUCUCACCGUUAAGUAUUGGGCAUCUCUACUGCAGUGGACUCCUGUUAGAGCUUGCCUACUCAACAGUCACAAAUGGAACUGAACUUAAACCUUCCUCUGGCUAAAGAUUCAGCAGGUUCCUUCCACUCUGCCUCAAGGUCCAAGUUCAAAUACUGUUCCAACCCGGUUUUGAUAAACACUUCACUUCCCAUCAGUGUGAUCUUGGACAAGUUCCUGUACUUAUGUGUCUCAGAAGUUUAGAAGCUCAUCUGUAAAAUGGAGAUAGAAACAGCUUCGUGGGGUUGUUUUGGAGUAGAGUAAAUUCAUGUAAAGCAGAACCCAUAUUGGGCACAUAGCGUAGCUCUCAACAAAUUCUGGCUAUUUACUACGCCUUUGUGAACUUGAAGGGGCUUUAUCUGUCCUGGUUGCAUUUCUCAUUCAAUUAUUAAAGUUCGCAUGUGCCCAGCAUCAUUCUAGGCUCUAGGGAAAAUACUCAUUAACAAAGCAGACAAAUCUACCAAUGGGCUUGUGCUGGGAUUGAUAGGCUGGGAAUGAAUGGUCGAUUGGAGCCAGAGUUGAGUUUGCAGUUGCUUGUGGGGUAGCUGCCCCUGAGGCCUUAGACAGCCAGGUGUAGUCCGGGAACUUCAAAGACCAGGAAGACUCCUCCCAGGGGUGGAGAAACCGUCUGGAGGCGUGUGAGCACGGAAGGACAGCGAUUUCCCUGAAGCGAAAGUGGAAGCAAAGAGCCUGCAUGCAAACAAAUGUAUUUCAGGCCCCGCUAGGCUAGCAGGGACCAAAGCCCCUCAGAAGUCAAAAGAAAGAGUUUAAUCGCCAUAGACUCUGCCACUUUUGCCCAGAUCUGAAGCCUCAGCUCUUGCCAACGAGACCCCAGACCCAUGGCCCUCCGUGCCCUUCAGGAGGAACAGGUCAGACUAAAGAUGAGGCUGCAGGAGCUGAAGCAGCUCAGACAGGAGCUGAGGGACUGCCCCCAAGACAAGGUCCCAUUCCCAAUGCCUGAGGUCCCCCUGGUGUUCCGCGGACACACUCAGCAGGGCAGGGAAGUGCCCAAGUCCUUGGUUUCCAACCUACGGAUCCACUACCCUCUGCCUGGAGGCUCUGCUCUGGUCACCUUUGAUGACCCCAAGGUGGCCCAGCAGUUGCUACAACAAAAGGAGCAUAAGAUCCUCAUGGAAGAGUGCCGGCUGCCGGUGCAGGUCCAGCCCUUGGAGCUGCCCAUGGUGACCACGAUCCAGGUGUCCAGCCAGAUGAGUGACCGGAAAGUACUGGUCAGCGGGUUUCCUGCCAGUCUCAGGCUGAGUGAGGAGGAGCUGCUAGACAAGCUGGAGAUCUUCUUUGGCAAGACCAGGAAUGGGGGUGGCGAUGUGGAGACUCGGGAACUGCUGCAAGGGGGUGUCAUGCUGGGCUUUGCCAGGGAUGGAGUGGCCCAGCGCCUGUGCCAGAUUGGCAAGUUCACAGUGCCACUGGGUCGGCAGCAGUGCCCUCUGAGAGUCUCUCCCUACAUGAGCGGGGAGAUCCAGAAGGCCGAGAUCACGUACCGGCCAGUGAUCCAGUCGGUGCUGGUGCUCAACAUUCCUAACAUCCUGGACCCCCCGGAGCUGCAUGAUAUCCUGGAGAUUCACUUCCAGAAGCCCACCCGUGGGGGUGGAGAGGUGGAGGCCCUGACAGUCGUACCCCAGGGACAGAGGGGCCUGGCGGUCUUCACCGCCCAGUCGGGCUAGGAGCCUGCCCUUCUCAUCUGCCAAGGUUCUCAAACCAGGCUGGGGUUGGGUGCACGUGUAUGAGAGAGCUUAUGCUGGUCAACAGCGGGCAGGGAUUAUGAGUUGUGAAACGUUGCCCGGGAACAGUAAAAGUGCCUGCAUGGUGUGAUCUUCU